AUGCAAAUCUGUUCCCCUCAAGUAACCGCUGUCUCUGAAAAACACCCUGAAAGACGGAUUAAAAGAGCAGAUAAACAACAUAAAGCCAACGAACAUAGAGGAAAAAGACAACGUAACAUAACUAUGGCGGAUAACAUCGGUUCUGGCGAAAAGGAGAAGUCCUUCUAUUUGAUCCAAAUUAGUUAUCUGGAUGAGAAGUUGGAGAGAUACCAGCUUAAAAGUGAAGAGCUGGAGAAACAGAACAAGGACCUCACCUCUCGGUACAACGCCCUGCAGAAGGACAAAAAAGACAUCACUGAGUCCCUGAAACGCUCCCUGGUUCCAAGAGAAAGGAAGGUGGAGGAGCUGAGCGAGCAGCUGGAGGGCCAACAGCUGGCGGCUGAGCAGGACAGAGAGGCCCUGAAGCUGCAGCACUGCCAGCAGAUUCAGGAGCUACAGGAGCGGAUCGAUGGACUUAACUCAGUGUCCACGAUGCAGGGGGAGCAGAGGGCACAGCUGAUGCAACAGCUGUCUGGCCUGGAGUCUUUGGAGGAGCAGGUGGUCAGUCAGAAGGAGGAGCACGAAGCUGCCAUCAGCAACCUGAGGAUGGCAGCGAAGUUGGAGAGGGAAAACAUGAUGGAGGAGAUGCAGAAGACAGUGGAAGAUACUGUUAAGACAAAGACCUUAACCAUUCUUCAGAAGGAGAGGGCUCAGCACAGCCGGCGGUUGAUGCAGAUCCAGUUCCUGCUCAAUUAUAACACGCUCAUCCAGAAGGACACUGAUGCCAUACGAGCCGGAGAGAGUGAUCUUUGCACUAAGAGGGACAAUGUGAAGGAAGAAUUGAGAAAGACUGGGCUGGAGAUAUCUACCCACAAGAAGGAGAUGAAGAAGCAGAAGAGGAAGUGCCAGAAGCUGGAGGUGAAGCUAAACGACCAAAGCAUCACCCACAAGCACAUGCUGGACAAGGAAAUGGAACUCAGAAAGGCCCUGGUCUCAGUGUCGGAGGAGUGCCGUCAAAAAUCAGAAGAAGCCAGUCAGCUGGGGCCCGAGCUACAGGUGGAGAGGAGCAGGAGGAGGAAGCUGGAGGCCGUCAUGUCGGAAGCAGUCAUCAUUCUCAAACACAUCAUGGAGGAGGACGCAGAGGAAGGGCCCGACACAGAGUGGAAGACGGAGAGGCUGCUGCAUAUCCUGGAGAGUACCCCCCCCCAGGGAACAGAGUCCACUGAGAAGACCUGUCAAGGACAAAAACCGCAGAAACCCAAAAUCAGCCAGGUACCGGAAUCUCCGUCCUCUGGACCAAGUCUGUUAGUUUUAUGACUUGUGAUGACAUUUGUAUGAACACUGUUUAUAAAAACCUAGAGCACGCUGCGACCUAACUGCUCAGCACCAAAUGGAAGACAAAGUUAGCAACAAUCUUUGUAUAAAUUCUGUGGGUCUGUCCGUCCCUCAGGAACCUCUGCAGUAAGAAGACAUCCAGCUCUGUCGAUAUAUCUCCUCCUGAUGUGAUUAAAACAAAGAAAAUCUGAAAAUGUUCACCAAAAAAUGUGCCACCAGAGAAAAGCUCAAGUACAAAUGUUGUCUACAGACUUUGCUGUCUAUAUUACAGUGUGAGCAUAUAGAAGAUUUAUACAUACUGUAUAUAACCAUGUGAAAUCCAAGCAAGUAGCUGCCUUCUUGUAAUUUAACAAAAAUGUUACUGAUGAAAAAAGACAAUGACAGCUAGCUAACCUACUGUAGCCUCACACUGGCUAACAACAAUAGCAUAUCACUGACAUUCUGAAUGUGAGUUUAUUACUAUAAACCUCCAGGGUGGUGGAAAGUAACUGAAGUACUCAGUGGUACUGUUUGAUACAGUGUAGAGACAGCAGCUCCCUCCCUCCCCCAUACUGACCUCUCCUGUCCGCCAGUGGAGCCAGUCCUCAGCGUGUUCCCGCCCCCACCUGCAUGUCAUUACCUCAGUCAUCCACGGGCUAGCAAGUUUUUUCAAACUGGGGUCCGGGGACCAACAAGGGCCCUUGA